CCGCCACAGCCAUCUCUCCCUCUCUUCUCCUUCAGCCGACGUACACACGCUCCCUGUCUUCUUCCUCACGGUGGCCAGCAGGGAGCUCGGCCAGCAGCCAUGGCCUCCUCCACUUCUUCCCCAUGGAAGCCGGCUCCCUCUCCAUGCUCCCUCCCUAGCCGAGCACCUCCAGCAGCCAUGGCCGAGCUUCUUUUCUCCCCUGCUGUCCCCCUGCGCGCAGGGAGCACCAAGGCCAGCGCCCCCUUCCUCCCAUGGCGUGCGUGGAGCCGCCCCCUACGGCCAGCGCCACUGCGACCUCUAGCCCCUGUGCUCGGCGUCCUUCUUCCACCUCCGGCCGACCUCCACCUUCCUGCUCCAUGGCUGCCCAGCAGCAGGAAACUUUCUCCCCUCCCUGCUCCAUUUUUUUCCCUGUGCCCUCCUCUGCAAACAGCGAGCCCCCUCCUCGCUGUUCUCCGUGGUGCCCGCCGGCUGUUCGUAAAAAUGUGCAGCAAGCCGCAUGCUGCCGGCUCGCUGUUUUGUGAAGCCCGGUGGACAGCACGUCGUGACGCUCGCCGGGCGUUUGCUGUUUUUGGCGCAGACCCGCUCGCGAUGUCAUCGACCCUCGCCACCGUCAAAGUCGCGCUCCGCGCUUGGCCGUUCGACGAAAUGCCAAGCCUUGUGGACAGCCCAUGUGACUAGCCUCGAUUCGUCCAGGUUGUUCACUUGGUAUUUUGUGGAUUAAUCUGUUUAAGCUUUGGUCUAUGUUGUGCAUGUGUAAGAAAAUGUAUUUGUGUGGAUUGAAGUUCGUGGCGAAAGAAAAAGAAGUAGAAAAGAACUCGAACGUUUUUAUAUUUCGAUAGGAAUAUAUGCGAUGUAUUGUUGAGGUGUGCGAUUUGUAGUUUGUCUAAUUACGUUUUGGGUCGAUGUGGUGUAUAGUGGUGUUUGAUUAGAUGUGGGCAUAAAAUGUUUGGAUUAUAUGCCGUGGCAAGGUCGCAUUCACGUUUUGGUAAACACGUGUGUCGUGCUUGUUUUAUGUGAUG